AUGCUGAUACCGUGUGUGCAGAAAUGGGAAGCCGAGAUACAGACUGCGAUGAAACAGUCGCUGCAGGACUCUCGCAUACAUCGUCCUAGCUCUAGUUGUAGCGUGCCGAAUGGACGCCUCUCGAACCAUAAGAUGCUGCAAGAGCUAGACAAGGAGAUUGUGGACGUCGAGGCGCAAAUGGAGUCCCUUGAGAUGUUGCUUGAUACACUGCGCGAGAGGAAGAAAGUCGUAAUGGAGCAGAUCAAGACGGCCGACAUGUACCUCAGUUCGAACAAAGGCAAGAACAAAGCGAUCGCCGACAUCGAUUACAGGACAGAGUUUGAGUGGAGCCCUGCGUUACGUGAGAGACUGCGCUCGGUGUUUGGAUUUCAGGAGUUUAGGUCCUGUCAAGCAGGUAUAUGCAAUGCAUGCAUGGACAAGAGGAACAUCGUGGUUAUUAUGCCGACAGGCGGUGGGAAGUCGCUGGGAUACCAACUCCCAGCUCUCAUGGUCGCUGGGUGUACCGUCGUCAUAUCCCCACUGCUUUCCCUCAUUCACGACCAAAUUCUCCAUUUGCGGGAAGCAGGAGUGAAUGCUGUUAUGCUCACCAGCACUACGCCGAAACCCGAGCAGACGCUGACCUUUCGUAAGCUGGAGGAGAUGAGUGAACGCCGUUCAGACCCCUCUGAUAUCAAGCUGUUAUAUGUCACUCCGGAGAAAAUCGCCAAGAGCAAUCUCCUGAAGUCUGUUUUUCAAAAGCUUGCCGACACGAACAGGCUCGCCCGUUUCGUCAUCGACGAAGCUCACUGCGUGUCCCAAUUAGGCCACGACUUCCGGACGGAUUAUGGCAAAUUAGGUGUUCUUCGAGAAAUGUAUAAGAAAGUACCUAUCACGGCUCUCUCGGCAACUUGUCCCGCUCCUGUCCUUCGAGAUCUUUUGCACAUUCUCCCUGCGAACCGCGACGGCACAGUCCUAUUCUCUGCUUCAUUGUAUAGGAAGAAUUUGCAUUACACUGUGUUGACCAAGCCAUCGGAGUCCAAGAAGAGUAUUCUUGUCAUGCGGGAUUAUAUAUUGGAAAACCAUCCUCACCACACAGGCAUUGUUUACUGUCUGUCGAAGAGCGACGCGGAAGAGGUCGCGAAGUCCCUGAUGGAACUCAGCGAAGGGAAGAUCAAGACAGGCGUAUACCAUGCGGAUGUCAAAGACACUGAGAAGGAGGCCCUGCACAACAGGUGGCGGGAUGGGAAAGUGAAGGUUGUCUGUGCGACCAUAGCUUUCGGGUUGGGGAUCGAUAAGGGAGAUGUACGCUUCGUUAUACACCAUACGAAAUCGCUCGAUGGGUUCUACCAAGAGUCUGGCCGUGCGGGCCGUGACGGCAAAGACGCCGACUGCAUCCUGUACUUCCGCCCUCAGGACGCCUUCCGCAUCGCAGGACUGACCGCGGAAUCACACGGCGGUGGAUCCGUGCUGUCCAUCAUCGACUUCGCAAGUGACUUCGAGGAGUGCCGCAAGAUCCAGUUCGCGAACUACUUCAACAAAUCCUCGAAGCUCUCCUACGACUGCUGGACGACCGAGGACGAAGACGCGCGCGCCCGCUGCGGCCACUGCGACAACUGCCAGCGCCCUUCAGAGCUGCUCGAUCGUCUCGGCGCCGCCGCCCGCCUCGCCGCCUGGCGUCUCCUCCGCGUCGCGCAGGCCGCCGGACGCGACCUCACGAUGGCGCAGCUGUACGACCUCGCGCGCGGCAAGGAGACGCCCGUUUCCGGCGGCGGUGGUGGCGGCAGCGGGCGCGGGGGCAAGGGCAAGGGCAGCGGCAAGGGCAAGGCGCACGUCGACGUCGACGCCGUCGCGGGCGGGAAGAACGAGCUGACGCGCGAGCACACCGAGACGCUCGUCAUGCGCCUCCUCGCCGGCGGCUUCCUCGAGUUCGCCUACCGCCCGACGGCGUACACGAUCAACACGUACCUCCGUCCGGGCGCGCUCGCCGGCCAGUUCACGCGCUGGGCGCAGGCGGAGAUCGAGGCGGGCCGCGGGCCCGACUUCGACCUCGUCCUCCCGCGCAAGGUGGCGGCGUCCCGCAGGAAGAGCGGCGGCGGGGCGGCGAAGGAGGCGGCGAAGAAGGGCCCGGGGCAGACGGCACCGAAGACGCCCGCGAAGGCCUCGAGGGCGAAGGCAGCGGCGAACGACACCCCUCCGAGCGCAGGCUCAGGCUCGGCCGGGCGUAAGCGCAAGCGCGCGCCCCUCGACGGCUUCGUCGUCCGAGACAACGGCCCGUGGGGCGGAAUGGACGACGGCCACGACGACGACGACGACGACGACGACGACUUCACGGCCGAGCGGGAGGACAUCGAGUCCUGCACGGCGGACGACGAGGGCGACGGGUGGGAGGCGAACCUGCGCGGGCAGCCGAAGGGACGCGGGGCCGCACGCGCGUCGAAGGGGAAGGCCGUCGCGCGCCCGUCGCCGUCGCCGCCGCUGGCGAAGCGGCUGCGGCGGUCGACGUCGGGGCCGAGCGGGUCGAGGUCGAGCCGGACGCUGCUGGACGAGGACGUGAUCGAGCUCUCGUCGGACUCGGACUAG